AUGAAUAAUAAACUAGAAAAAUUAGUGCAAAAUUUGUUUAAAGAAGGUAAUAUUAAAUCUGAAAUUUUGAAAUAAGUUUUGUUAACUGUAGAUCUUAAAUAAUUUGUUGACGAGUCUGAUAAAAUAUCUGCUUAUGAAGAUUAACCAUUUUAAUUAGGCUUUAAUGCAACUAUAUCUGCUCCUCAUAUUCUUUAGUAUUAUAUUAAGUAAUUAGGAAUUACUUUAAGAUCGUUUAUAAAAUGGAGUAAGAGCUCUUGAUAUUGGUUCUGGUAGUGGAUACUUAUGUGCUGCAAUGUUUUUUAUAAUGAAAUCAUAAUAAUCCAAAGUAAUUGGAGAGGAACAUGUUCCAGAAUUGGUUGAAAAAUCAAUCAAAAAUUUAAGCUAGUAAAUUAAAAUAAUAAUAGAUAGUACUUAUAAGUAAUAGUUAAAGAUAAACAAAUAUAAAUUAUAAAAGGAGAUGGACGAUUAGGGUUUGAGUAAGAAGGCCCUUAUUAAGCUAUUCAUGUAGGUGCUGCAGCUGAAACAAUACCACAGAAACUAUUAGAAUAAUUAGAUAAUGGCGGUCGUAUGGUAAUUCCUGUUGGUAAGGGAAACCAAGUUUUUUAAGUAAUUGAUAAGGAUCAAAAUGGGAAAAUUAAUAUUUAAAAUGUUCAGGGAGUGAGAUAUGUCCCUUUGACUGAUUUAAAUAAGCAACUAAAUAAUUAAUAGAUCGAUAUAUUUAAUUAAAUAUCAAUUAUUUAAAGAAUUCUAGAUUAUAAUCAAGAGGCAAAUAUUAUAAAUAGAAUUAAAAAUUUAUAUACAAUUAAUAUUAUGCAAAGUGUAUAUCAUGAACAUUAUAUAAAAGUAAAAAAAUUACCAUGAGGAGCAUAUGGUAAGAUUUAUCUGUGUAAAUGUGAGAAAUUUAUAAAUAAUAAGAGAAUAUUUUAAUGAAUUCCUUCAUUAGUAGAAGUAGAAGCUCAUCCAUAAUUUGUAGUAAUAACAAAAUUUAAAUUUUUAAACAAGAAAGUCGGAUUGGACAUUGAUAGUUUAUGUGAGGUCAGAUUUAUGA